AUGGGGGUAAAGGAUCCCUUCUUCCUCCUCUUCAAAAAACGUGAUGGGCUCCCAUCCUACCUUUGGAACUUUGCGGUGUCGGUCGACGUCUAUGCCGAAGACUUGAGGGUAGUGCACAUCCCGUACAUAUUGCUUUACCGAUCAGUUAGAUGGUCCGGCCAGAGUGGGGCUUCUGCUGAUGGUGCUGAUCAUGUUUAUCUGCCAAUUCGCAUUCGGGACCGGCGCAUGCAGUGGUUUGGCGAUGUACUGAUACAAUUUCCCCUCCCGAAUCAGUCGUUUGACGAUCUUCCUCAGACUUAUGCAGUCUUCGGUGUUAUGGCUGUUAUACUGGUGGUAUCGGUAGAAUUUGCUGGUAUCCCAAUUAUCCUGCCGAUUGGGCUUUCGGUGAGUCGGCUUCGGUAUGAUUUCUUGCUCGUUCAUCAAUACGGCUUCGAUGGUGGUAUUCAGCAAGGUGAAUACUUCCUGAGCACGGUCUUGAUUCUGCAGUGGCGCACGGUGGUUGUUGCGACCGUAUUUUCCUCGUUCUUUCUUAGAGCCACCCUGCCGAUUAUCACAGUCGUCCUUCCGUUUGUGUCCUGCCGAUGGUUCGUCAGUUCUCCUAGGGGUGUACGCCUUGGCGUGAAUUGCCACUUGCUUCAUCAGUUCGUCAUAGGUGCGUCAGUUGCUACUGUGCACGUGGUACCGAAAGAGUCCACCGUUUAUGGUUCCAAUCGGAAGAACCAAUUCAAUGCCGCCCCUGUAAGUGCCGAUGGAAAUAGCAAGCAUUACCCUUCAACACUGAGCCCCUUGCAUCCUAUUGCCGAUUGGAAGGAGUGA